GUCUGCGCACUAAGAUACUCAGUUCCAAGUUUGGAGCUUUUAGCUGCCAGCCCUGGCCCAUCAUGUAGCUGCAGCACAGCCUUCCCUAACGUUGCAACUGGGGGAAAAAUCACUUUCCAGACUGUUUUGCAAGGUGUGCAAUUCCAUCUUGACUCCCUGAAAGUCCAUCUGCUGCAUCGGUCAAGAGAAACUCCACUUGCAUGAAGAUUGCACGCCUGCAGCUUGCAUCUUUGUUGCAAAACUAGCUACAGAAGAGAAGCAAGGCAAAGUCUUUUGUGCUCCCCUCCCCCAUCAAAGGAAAGGGGAAAAUGUCUCAGUCGAAAGGCAAGAAGCGAAACCCCGGCCUUAAGAUUCCAAAAGAAGCAUUCGAACAACCUCAGACCAGUUCCACGCCACCUCGGGAUUUAGACUCCAAGGCUUGUAUAUCUAUUGGAAACCAGAACUUUGAGGUGAAGGCAGAUGACCUGGAGCCUAUAGUGGAGCUGGGACGAGGUGCGUACGGUGUGGUGGAGAAGAUGCGUCACGUGCCCAGCGGGCAGAUCAUGGCGGUGAAGCGGAUACGGGCCACAGUUAAUAGCCAGGAGCAGAAACGGCUACUGAUGGAUCUGGAUGUUUCCAUGAGGACAGUGGACUGUCCAUUUACCGUGACCUUCUAUGGUGCACUCUUCCGGGAGGGCGAUGUGUGGAUCUGCAUGGAGCUCAUGGAUACAUCACUAGAUAAAUUCUACAAACAAGUUAUUGAUAAAGGCCAAACAAUUCCAGAGGAUAUCUUAGGAAAGAUAGCAGUUUCUAUUGUAAAAGCAUUAGAACAUUUACACAGUAAGCUCUCAGUUAUCCAUCGAGAUGUCAAGCCUUCUAACGUGCUCAUUAACACACUGGGCCAAGUAAAGAUGUGUGACUUUGGAAUCAGUGGCUACCUGGUCGACUCUGUUGCUAAAACGAUCGAUGCCGGUUGCAAACCAUACAUGGCUCCUGAACGAAUAAAUCCUGAGCUCAACCAGAAGGGGUACAGUGUGAAGUCUGACAUUUGGAGUCUGGGCAUCACCAUGAUUGAGCUGGCCAUCCUUCGGUUUCCCUAUGAUUCUUGGGGAACGCCCUUCCAGCAGCUAAAACAGGUGGUAGAAGAGCCCUCUCCACAGCUCCCAGCAGACAAGUUCUCCGCGGACUUUGUUGACUUUACCUCACAGUGCUUGAAGAAAAAUUCCAAAGAACGGCCCACAUAUCCAGAGCUUAUGCAACAUCCGUUUUUCACCGUACAUGAAUCCAAAGCAGCAGACGUGGCAUCUUUUGUAAAACUGAUACUUGGGGACUAGAAAGCCAUGGACAUGGCUGGUCGACCCUACUGUGGAUUGGUAUCUUUACAGGGUGAAGCGAGUUCACUACGGCGCCAACAGGAAGUCAUCUUGAGAUCACUGAACCCUGCCUUUCUGAGGGGUUUCCUCUCUCCAUUUUUCUUUUUCCUCUCCAAAGGGGGCCUUGGAAUCUCUAGCAUAGGCUGAACUCUCUAGAUGGAUGAAAUACGAUAAAAGCUUAGGACUCGAAAAGGUGAUUAUAAAUAUUUAAGGGUGAGGCAUCCGAGUCCUCAAGCUUCUCAGAGCUCUCGUGUUCUUUACAAAAUGAAUGCAUCGGCCCUGGUCACAAGGUGCUACAGUAGUGACGAGAUUGUAAAGUAGAUUUGUAGGUGUAUCCCACUUAUUAUUUUAAUAUUUAUGUUUCAGUGCUUGGUUGGAAAUAUUCCAUUUUAUGCAAGAAGGGAGAUACGGAGACAAGGCUGACUUGGCAGUAUUUAUAGGGCUUUUUAUUUUUUGAGUUCGAUCAUGUCUGUGGUCCAGAGGAAGUUAUUUAAUAUGCAUCUUUAAGAAUAUUAUAAAAAUCUCAAGCAAAGGGACUCUUCCUGUGCAGUGUGGCUUGCAGCUGUCAUGGCUGCUACUCCCACCCUUCAACUCAACUGUGGGUGAUCACCGCAUCUUUUGAAUGAAUUGUCAAAGUUAAUGUUCCCCGCCUCCCUCCCCCAACUUUGGAAAACACUUGUAUCAUGGCUCAAAGAGUAAAAAAAAAAAAAAAAUGAUUCUCUUCAAA